UGACAAAUGCGUACCUGUUCAACUCGUUUCUGUUAUGUUAUGAUGUGAUGAAAGAUUAUUUAAUAGAAAAUUUGUGACAACAGAAACGAUUGAUGUAAGCUCUUACAACGACCAGUUGUACGAAUCUCGAAUUUUACGGUUAAAAAGAACGACAACAAGAGGUGAUUUUUUUCAUAUAUUUAAGCGGACUUUCCUAGAGAAUUCUUGUACCAAGAUCCUUUUCUGGAAUCUAACGACAACGUAGGGUUUUACAAAAUGUUUUUAGGAUUAGAUCUUUCCACUCAACAAUUAAAAGGCGUUACUAUUAACGAAAAGCUGGACAUCGUCCAAGAGGUGGUUGUGGAUUUUGACAAAGACUUUCCCUCUUAUAACACUACAAAGGGUGUCUACAAACAUGGUCAUGAGGUGGUAGCACCAGUGGCAAUGUGGUUGGAUGCCAUAGAUUUACUGUGUGCUAGACUUGCAAAGAUAAUGGAUGUAAGCGAGAUUCAGGGAAUCUGUGGAGCGGGUCAACAGCAUGCUGGUGUUUUUUGGUUAGAGGGAGCCGAACGAGCUCUUGGUUCAUUGGAAACAAACUCUACAUUGAAAAGUCAACUCGAAAAGUAUCUUUAUUCAAGCUCACCAAACUGGCAAGAUGCUACUACUUCUCGUGAAUGUCGAGAAAUGGAAGCUGUCGUAGGUGGGCCUGACAAACUUGCUGAUCUGACGGGCUCCAAAGCGCAUCUUAGAUUCACGGGUCCUCAAAUCAAGCGGUUUCGUCGAUUACAUCCAGAUAUCUAUGAGAAAACCGAGCGAAUUGGGCUCGCUUCAAGCUUCCUCAUGUCUGUGUUUUUGCAACGCGAAGCUCCUUUGGAAAUUAGCGAUGUUUGUGGUAUGAAUUUAUGGGAUAUACAAAAUGAGCAAUUUGACUCUCGUCUUUUGGAUGACGUUGCUGGUCCUUUUCAAGGCUCAGAUUUAGCAAUCAAGCUGGGAUCCGUUGAAAUGAACGGUGCAAAACAGCUCGGUCGUAUUGGAAGCUACUUUAGUGAAAAGUACGGCUUUUCAUCCCAUUGCCAAAUCAUUCCAAUCACCGGCGACAAUCCUGCCACCCUACUUUCCUUGCCGUUGCGACCCGGAAAAGAUGUUCUUUUGUCGCUAGGCACAAGUACCACCGCUCUCAUGGCUACCUCCAACUAUGUUUGUUCUCCUGAAUAUCAUAUGUUUGGUCAUCCUAUCGUCACAAAUCAUUUUAUGGUCAUGCUUUGCUAUAAGAACGGCAGUUUGGCUAGAGAAACUGUUCGCGAUAGUAUCAAUGAAAAAUACCAAGUGCAAGACAAAAGCUCUUGGGAAUUGUUCAAUGAAUUCACCCUUAAAGAACGAAUGGAUUCACGUUCUUUUCCAGAUCAAAAAAUCGGGCUGUACUAUCCUUUACGGGAAAUUAUCCCCGCUGUUGGACCCGGUGCAUGGCGCUUCAACAUCCGAAAUGAUAAACUGGAACCAGUGACAGAAUCAUCAGAAUCAUGGACAAGCCCUGAUGAUGAUGCUCGUGCUAUAGUCGAGAGCCAAUUUUUAGAUAUCCGCAAUAGAAUUACCCCUUUACUAACCGAUGUAUCUCGCCCUCAAAGAGUAUAUGUUGUAGGUGGUGCUAGUCGAAAUGAAGCCAUCGUGCAAAUGAUCAGUGAAAUUUUGGGUUGUGAUGUUUAUCGACUCAAGCAAGGAGCAAGCAAUGCUUGCGCUAUUGGGGGAGCCGUCAAGGCCGCUUAUGCAAUGAAUCAGCAAAACCUUAGUUUUGAUGAAUUCGUUCAGCAAUCCUGGGAUGAAAACAAAAAGAUCGAAUUAAUUAGAAGCAUGCCUGAAAAAUCAAUUUAUGAUAUUUAUGGACGAUUAUUGCCCUAUCUAGCAGAAGCACAGGAGAUUGCUGUUCAUCAGUCGGAACAGGAUGAUAAAUGAAAUCGUAGCCAAAACAUGGAUGAAUUAGUCUCGGAUUCGGUCAAGUAGGUAGUAUUACCAUUGUAUUGAUCUGUUGUAUAUGCUUUUUUAGGACGUGCUGAAGAAUAUAAGAAUUAUUUUAUUUUAUUAGCGUUUACCGCAUGAUAUACAAAUUGAAUUGAUAAGCGUAGCAUUUAAAG